AGAGGAAGAAGAAGAAGUAGUCGUAGAAGAAGAAAAAGAUUAUAGUGGGCUAGACCUGGGUCCUUCUUAUCCUAUCUGACAUUCCUGAGAUUAAACUAGACGCUGAACUUACAACUGACAUUCACCAUGAAAAAGUUUUUUGACGAUAUCAAGAGAGAUGUUAAAUUUAAAUCAGCGGGACCUGGAAAGAAACUCACCGAAGACGCCAGCACCAAACCUCAAGUGAUGCAGAGCAGUGCCAAAAAACAACCACAUCAUGUCACGCCGACAGAGGGUGCACAGAGAGCUGGUGCUGCAGCACUUGCAAGAAUAGAACAACAGCAGCGGCCAAAAGUCCAUACAUCGCAAGAUGCUAUCCGAAAUCAGGUCAAACGAGAGUUAGAAGCGGAGGCUGCAGCUACAGCAGCUGCUAAUGAGAGUUGCAAUGUUCCAGUGAAAGAUUCUGGUAGUUUGUCUGUUUCUGGGAUUUAUUUCAUAUGCCCUCUCACUGGAUCCAAGUUAACCAAGAGUGAAAGAGAACAUUGCAUUAAAGAAGCUAUUCUCAUGACAUUUGCAGAGGAUCCAGUUGAAGCUUCCAUCAUGAUGAUUCACACGUUCAACAAAGACCAGGAGAAAGUUAAAGCAGCAGUGGAUAUCGUGAGCAAGUACAUUGACAACAUCUGUGCAAAUCCUACAGAGGAGAAAUACAGGAAGAUCAAAGUCAGCAACAAGAUCUUUCAGGAGAGAGUGAGCUGUGUGGAAGGUUGUCCAGAGUAUCUCCAGGCUUUGGGCUUUGAGAAAACCAUGCUACCAAUAGAUGGACAAGACACCAGUGAGGAGUUCUGGUUGCUGGCAGAGCAGGAUGACGGCUCCCUGGAGCAGAUUAAGAAGAGGAGGGACCAGCUAAAGAAAGCAGAGCCAGUCAGGGCACGUCUAGAUCGUCAGACACAAGCUUUCAGACCAUCUCCUAAUGCAACACACUUUGAUCUCCCUUCAGAUUUUUAUAAUCUAACAGCAGAGGAGCUUAAAAGGGAGCAACAUCUUAAGAGCGAAAUUGUGGAGAGGAAUGCAAUGUUGAGAACAAAAGCGAUGCGUGAAAAAGAGGAACAGAGAGAAAGAAGGAAAUACAACUAUGCUCUGUUGAGAGUGAGGCUGCCAGAUGGAAUUCUCCUACAAGGUACUUUCUUGGCCCGAGAAAGGGUUUCUGCACUUUACCAGUUUGUGCGGGAGUCGUUGGUUGAUGACUGGCAGCCAUUUGAGCUGAUGGCUCCAGGAGGACGGAAACUUAAUGAAGAUGAGGACAUGGCACUCAAUGAGUGUAGUUUGGUUCCUGCUGCUGUGGUGACAUUUUCAUGGGAUGAGGCAGUGUUGGCAGACAUUGCAGCUGCUGGAAAACAAAAAAUGUCUGUGUUGAAGCCAGAUCUGCUCGAAACUAUUAAGACCCUCAGCUGAAUCAAUUGUCAUCAGAAGUCUCCUGUCCUUUUACUCACAACUUACACCCUGAAUUGUCCAUCAUUAAUUUCAGUGCUGUGUGGCUUUGGAAGGAUUGCUUAUAUGAUGACAGAAGUCCCAAGUGUCAUGCAGUGUUGCAGUGUUGCACUUCUAAUAAAGUUGUUGUCAGCCAUAACAUGGUUAUAAGGAAAGGAGAAUGUUUGGGCCAAGACAGUAUAGAAAAUGAAUAGCAGAGAUACACAAACUGAAGACAGCCUUUUAUGGACACCUGCAGGAACUGCUUUGGAGGCUAAGGUAGGCUAUAUGAAGUAUCGGUCAUAAGAGACGUAGAUUGCAAAUAUCCCCACUAUAGGCUAGCAUCUAUCAUGCAGAUACGUAUUUCCGGUUUCCAGGCAGUUUAACUAGGAAUCAGCUGAUCCUGUGUGACUGAGUAUCUGUUAUACUGUAAAAAAAAAGGAAAUAAGGAAAGGCAAAUAAGGAAUGCAAAGGCACAAAAUAUGUUUAAUGAAGGAAUUAUUGAAAAUUGCAACUGGAAUUACGUCCAGAGAACAUUAAACCAACUGCAGAAUAUCAACCUCAGUUGUCCCUUGCUUUUAAAUAAUGCUUUAUUCAAAAUCUGCAAGACUUAUCUGUAAUCAUGGACAGUUCUUUAAAUACAAGAUUGUUUUGUUGUUGGACGGCAAUGUAAUAGCCCACCUGUAACCAUUUGUAUUAAAAUAUACAUUAUAGGGGUUUGGAAAUUGUACACAAAUGACCUGGCCUGUGAAAUGAUCUGUCAAGGAAAGACAAAAUCGCUGAUAUAAACAAAACUGAGCCAAAGGCGGCAAUAAUGCGGGGGAAAAACAUACAAAAAUUACAAAAGGAUGAUAUUCUCAGUUAAAGUAUAGUAGUUAUGUUUAAUUACACACACCAACAUGCAUAGACAUGUCCAUGUUAAAACAAGGCAAACAUCUGGUGUUGAAAAGUCUACUGCUUAAUAUUACAGACCCCACCUGCAAGCUAACAUUAUGCUUCUCGGACAACAGCUUAAGCCCUGCUGAUUGUUUAUACUGAUGUAUUUUCACCAUAAACAACUUCAUCAAUUA